AUCAUUUUCAUUUUUCACCACUUUUUUCUCCUAGCCUCCCCAUGAGAACCUUAACUAAAUUUUUGUUAAAAAAAUUUAAAAAGUAAAAAUAAAAUAAAAAAUAUGUUAGUGAAAUUGAGAUCAAAUGGCAGUUGCAAAAGUAUUUGUUGUUUUAAUUUUGUGUUUUGCAAUAGUUUAUUAUGUUGAUGCUGGUCCAAGAAGAAGGCCAGUUGCUGGUCCUGAUAUCUACAAAGGUAAAAAUGUAGCAAAAGAUUCUCUUUCUCCUGGAGAGAAAGUUGUUAAUGUCAUGAGCUUUGGAGCAAAACCUGAUGGAAAAUUUGACUGCACUCAGGCUUUCAUGGAUGGAUGGAGAGCAGCCUGCAAGUCCAAUGUUCAAGCAAGGCUUCUAAUCCCUCAAGGCAGAUUCCUUGUUUCUUCAAUGUUCUUUGCAGGCCCAUGUCUCACUCCAGAGCCCAUAACAAUCCAAGUUGUAGGCACAGUUGUGGCAACAACAGAUAUUAGUGAGUAUGAGAAUGGUGAAUGGCUCAUGUUUGAAGACAUAGCUGGUAUUAAACUUAUUGGUGGAGGUACUUUUGAUGGUCAAGGUAAAUCUGCAUGGGAGUUUCAUCAAGAUUGUGAAUCUGACCCAACCAAUACAUGUGUUAGGUCCCCUAGUAGCCUUUAUUUUAAUAAAGUGACCAAUGGAGUUAUACAGAACAUCAAAUCUGUUGAUCCAAAAGGGUUUCACAUAUUUGUGACUAAUUCUGCAAACAUUAGACUUCGAUUGCUUAAGCUGAGUGCACCAGCUACCAGCCCUAAUACUGAUGGUCUUCAUAUAAGCCAUUCAACAAAUGUGAAAAUAUCAAAAAGUAGUGUUGAAACUGGGGAUGAUUGUGUCUCCAUGAUACAAGCUGUCUCCAAUGUUACCAUCAAUAGACUCAAGUGUGGUCCAGGACAUGGUAUAAGUAUUGGAAGUCUUGGAAAGUAUCCGGAUGAGCAAGAGGUGAAUGGAGUUAGAGUCAAGAGCUGCACAUUAACUGGCACAACCAAUGGCCUAAGAUUUAAAGCAUGGCCAGAUAAGUAUCCAGGUGCAGCAUCAGAUAUCAGUUUCACUGACAUUACAAUGGAAAAUGUUAAAAAUCCUAUCAUCAUUGAUCAAGAAUAUCAAUGCUCUCCAAAUUGCAAAAAGAAGCCUUCACUUGUAAAGAUAAAAGACGUUGCUUAUACAAAUAUAAGUGGAACAACAACUUCUCAAAUUGCAGUGGACAUGAGGUGUAGCAAGCAAUUCCCAUGUCAAAAUAUUAAACUUCAAAACAUAGACCUAAAGCUUGGACCCACCCCUGUUGGCUCUAGAUGUGCCAACAUCAAACCUAUCUAUGUUGGCAUACAAAGACCACCAGCUUGCCCAUAAGUGCUUAAAUCAUUGAAAUUAUUACAUGCAUUUUACUAUUGAACCUUAUGAGGAAAUCAUGCAAGGGGAAAUAUAAGAAUGCAUGGUUUUAAAAUCCCCAAUAACUAGAAGCAUGAAUUUAAACCUUGCUACUUGAAUUCGGCCGGAAAAUAGUAAAUUAUCGACAAAAAUUAAAAAUAAAUAAAAUAAAAUUGGUCUCUAAUUUUGUCUUUGUAUCUUUCACCGAUGAAAUUAGAGACAAAUUUUAUAUUUUUUGUCGUUAAUUUAACUAUUUUUUAAUGAUUAUUUUAUUAGAACAAAUAUUUUGAACCAAUUAGAAUAAGCUAUAGUGGUAUUUUUCACAUGCUAGGAUAUGAUAUGAUAUCAUAUUCGACCCACUUUUAGAAGACUUUGUUAACCAUCUUUUGUUUUUGUAGAAAGCAGCACUUGUAUAAAAAAUUAGUGACUUAAUUGAUUUUGGAUUUGUUAGCUUUAUGUUUUACGUACAAAUACAAUGUAAAGAAAAAUAAGUCCUAAGUGAUGUUUUACCUUUUUCCCUUUCUACCGGCCCAUUCAACCGCAGCCAUCAGAGACUAAAUCUGAAGGGGGGGUGUUGUUUCAAAAAGUUGGGCAAGGAAUUCAUGUACAUUAAUGAAUGAUGAGAGUAUAAUGUAUAUUAUGUGAAAAUGAAUGUUAUUCUUGAUUUAACUAGUUUUA